ACGAAUGAGAUCCCCAAAAUCCCAAGGGAUGGAUGAGAUCCCCAAAAUCUCAGGGGGAAGGAUGGGACCCCCCAGUCCCAUGUGGAUUUUCCCAGCCUGCAGAAAUGCCAGCUUGGCAUCCCUGCGCUGCCAAAAUUCAGAGACAAAUUCCCGCUGUCACAGUGGCCCCUUUGGUAGGGAAUUUAUUUACCUUGGAUGCUGCCGCCUUAUCGUUCAUGGAAAUGUUUAUCCCAAAUAUUUAACGGCAGCACUGCACAAACUGAGGCUUCCUGGGGAGCAGUCGGAGCAGGGCCGACAUCUCCCCUCCCGGUAGUGCAAAAAUCCAGGAUAAUUCCUUGUUUUUCCCAAAGAAUCCCGUCCUCAGCACCUCUAAAACCCGAUAUUCCCUGAUCUGGCCAAAGGCCUCCUCAGGGCUCCCUGAUGAGAAACGCAGCCCUGAAAAACAACAUCCCAAUCCCGCUAAAUCGUUAAGCAGAGGGAGCCUGGAAAGUGCCAACACUCCUGAGAGAAAAGACGGGAGAGAGAGAGAGAGAGAGAGAGGGAGGAAAGAAAUCGCAGGUUAUUUAUAACGCCAGGCAGCACCAGGGGCUCUCCAGUCUCUCCUGCAAAGCUGCGGCUGCGAGGUCACUCCCCGAAAUCCCCGUGCCCUGCCAGCGCAGGAUUUGCUCCGGGAUCUGGGGCGGGCACCCGGCGCUGCGGCUCGGGAGCGACCCUCCCAUGCUGCCGGUGCCACGGCACAGCCCGCAGCAGCCUUUGCACAGGAGCAGCGCACCCCGGUCCCUGCAGCGCCAUGCCUUGGGCCACCACCCUCAUCCUCAUCCUGGCCGGGCUCUGCGGCUCCGCCCUGGGCCAGUACAACGAGGAGGAGGACCUGGCGUGGCUCCAGUACUACCUGCGGCAGUCCCGCGUCUCCUCCUACAACUACGUGCCCUACUACGAGGAGGAGAGCCCCGCGUACGCCUACUCCUACCCCUCCGCCACCGACAGCGAGCCCGAGCCCGAGCCGGAGCCGCAGCAAGCCGCGCCCUGGCGGUGUCCCCAGGAGUGUGACUGUCCCCCCAACUUCUCCUCGGCCAUGUACUGCGACACGCGGAACCUGCGGUACCUCCCGUUCGUGCCCUCGCGGAUGAAAUACGUCUAUUUCCAGAAUAACCUGAUCACCUCCAUCCAGGAGGGAGCCUUCGACAACGCCACGGAGCUGGAGUGGCUGGCGCUGCACAACAACCAGAUCAGCAGCGAAAAGAUGGGGAAAAGGGUUUUUGGGAAGCUGCAGCGUUUGGAGAGGCUCUACAUGAACAACAACAACCUGACCAGGCUGCCCGGCCCGCUGCCGCGCUCGCUGCGGGAGCUCCACCUCUCCUACAACCAGAUCUCCAAGGUGCCUUCCAAUGCUCUGGAGGGGCUGGAGAACCUCACGGCGCUGUACCUCAGCCACAACUUCAUCUUCGAGCUGGGCGCCUCCCUCAAGGGGCUCAAGUCGUUGAUCCUGGCCGACCUGAGCUACAACAACCUCAGGAAGGUCCCCGACGGGCUCCCGGCGUCCCUGGAGCAGCUGUACCUGGAGUACAACUACAUCAACGCCAUCCCCGACGAUUAUUUCCAGGUGUCCCCCAGGCUGCUCUACGUGAGGAUGUCCCACAACAGCCUGACCAACCAAGGGCUCUCCAGCAACACCUUCAACAGCAGCAGCAUCCUGGAGCUGGACCUCUCCUACAACCGGCUCCAGAAGAUCCCGCGGGUCAACACCAACCUGGAGAACCUCUACCUGCAGGGGAACCAGAUCAACGGUGAGCAGCAGUGAAAAACCCCCGGUGGUGGUUUGAGCAGGGAUUUGGGAUUUUUGAGGGUUCUGGGCAGUCCUGAGCAAGGCAAGGGUGGGAGCUGUCCUGUCCCAGCCUGGGGUGCUCCCGUGGGAUCCCUGCGCUGGAUUUUGGGGGAUUCCUCAGGAGCCUGAGCAUCUCCUGGGGUUGGAGAUGGUGGAAAGCAGGGGAAAGCAGGUGGAAAGCAACCCACAGACCCCACAGACCUGGGGAGGGGUCUGUGGGGUCAGGAGGGGUCACAGCAGUGGGGCCACAGAGCUGGGGGGUCCCCACAGCCACGCAGGGGACACAGAACACCCCGGGCAGUGCCAGC